AUGCCUGGAGCAAGCGUUGCCGUUUUGCCGCCCCAAGCGGCGUCAACGUCGUCCCGAAAGACUGCCCUCGCACCUGAGCGCAAGUACAAAUGCCAGUUCUGCAACCGAGCCUUUAGCAGAAGUGAACACCGAAGCCGACACGAACGGUCACACACCAAAGAACGUCCCUUCAAAUGUAUGAAGUGUCGAAGCACCUUUGUUCGUCGCGACUUGCUCCUUCGCCAUGACCGGACUGUCCACGCCAAAGACGGCGGAGUUCCGCUACACAGUGAUGGAAAGCGACGUGCUGGCCCCAAGACCCGCGGUAUUGAUGGCACUCCCAAGGCAUCUAUCGCUGCCCUCGAUGCGUCUACUCUUGAGCAGAUGGAAAAUGGCCCUGACGGUAUCUUUGAUGUCGAAGCCGCCGCUAUGCUUGUUGCCGACUUGCACCACAAAGCCACUGCCGCCAUGCGCAGCGAUGACUCUGUUUAUGAUGAUGGCCAAUCCAUGCCUUACUCGCCGCGCACCUCCGCUGCCCUGGAGCCUGCAGUCACAUACCCGUCUGGUGCUAUUGCAUUGCCUCAAGUUCAGUGGGAGAACUUCAUUUCUCAACCUGACUCCAAGGCGCAUCCCAUCACUCCUAGUGUGGCCGGCUCCUUCGACUCGCAACGCUCCUUCGCCAGCUCUGCUACUCUCCAGCCUCAAUCCAACCAUUUGCCUCCCAUCGGUAGUCAAAAUUCUCACGGCUUUGUCCCGGCCAUCCAGUCCAUGCUGAGAUCUGCUUCCCAUUCUGACGCUGGUACGCCGAUGAGCCCUUCUUUCGACUCCGUUCAGGCUGGCUUCCGAGCUCCCCUAUUCUCUGGUGACGAUGAACGUAACGCCGUUCUCGAUAUCAUCCGCGCUCAUGAUCGCGAGAACGCCAUUCCCGAAGGCUUCCGCCUGCCUGGCCUUGGCUCUCUCAAUCGCUAUCUGUCAACGUACUUUGGGCUGUUCCAUCACCACCUGCCUUUCCUGCAUCCCGCUUCCUUCAGUCCUAGCCAGGUGUCGCCUCCUCUACUCCUUGCUGUCCUGAGCAUUGGCGCCCUGUACGCCUUUGACCAAGACCAGGCGUAUAUGCUGCACAUCGGCUCUAAGGUGCUCGUGAAUCAGUUUUUGCAGAACAAGGAGAACUUCAGCUCUCGCAAGUGCCCGCUCUGGACCAUGCAGAGCUCGUUGCUGAACAUGAUUUUCGCGAGCUGGAGCGGUGAUCCGAAGGGACUCGAAUGGGCGUGCUCGAUCAAGAGUCUACUCGCCAACAUGGUCGCUGGCAAUCGCUAUGAGCUCAAGCUACGUCAGGAGGCUCGCGGCACCGCCCAGCCCACGCGUGCAGAAUGGGUCGAGGAUGAAGGCUGCCGUCGCACAUAUUACGCAGUCUACAUCUUCUUUGGUCUCCUGACGCUGACGUAUAACCACACUCCCGCAAUCAGCUUCAACGAGUUUGAGGAUCUCCAGCUGCCGUCGACCGAAGCCCUCUGGAAUGCGCAGGUCAACGACGAGGUCGCUUGGCAGGAUCAUCUCAAAGCUUCUCCCGCUCUUACGUUCCUCGAGGCCCACGACAACCUAUUCCAGGGCGAGACUCUACAAUACAGUGCGUUUGCCACUCGUGUCAUGAUCAACGCUUUGUUUCUGGAGGUGUGGUACCACAAGCGAAGCCCCGAAGCAUUGCAGGACGUCGUCACCGAGUACAAGCUACGUCUAGCCCUUGAAACUUGGGACAAGUCUCUGGAGCGCUGCGAGCCUGAGGCCGUCAACGUCCCCCUCAGUGCUCCCCACAAAGGUCACCCUCUGAUAUUCAACGCCAAGGCCAUGUACAGAAACGCUCGUGCUCGCCUGGAGGUCGACCUGAAGGCUGUCCAAGAAGCUCUCCGCUACCACGAUCCUUACGAAGUUGGUGCCGCCAUGUCUCACGCUCGCGAUCGCGUGAAGCGAUCGAGCGAAAUGAUCAAGGUUAUCGAGGAAUGCUAUAGCUGCAUCGAAACGGCCGUUUUACAGGGCGUUCGAUGGGUUGCCCGCACCUCACCCACAAAUUGGAGCGUAGAGCAUCCUCUGUGUGGGCUUGACCUCAUGAUCAUUCUUUCGCUUUGGCUCUAUCGUCUGGAACACGACGAGGAGCCAGCGACGCAGGAGGAACUGGCCAUGUACAACAAAGUAAGGCAGCUCUUUGUCAAGGAUCUGGAUGAGACGUACAUGUCUCGGCUCAGCUCAAUUGUUGCUCGACUUUGGGGCUCCAUGCUUGACGAAGUUGUCGUCUGGGGCAUCACCCGCCUCAUGGGUGAAUCCUUCAAGCUGCACUCCCAAGCGCUCGUCGGCUAUGUCGACGAUCGCGAAGCUUCCUCAAAUGUCUCGACGCCUUCGAUGAUCUCUCAAGGUGCGGACGAGGAAAGCGUGUACUAA